AUGGCAAGCCCUGACGUUCACUCCCAUAUAUGGAGCCCGGGCCGACGACUUCUCGGGCAAUAUACAUUCGCAUCUGCUCAGGAGUGCAGCGGCUGUGGGCAAGCGUUCAUGCACGAAAAGGCUUUUUGUCAUCAUGCACCUUGUCACCAGCCAGCGACUGGAAGUCGUGAGCACCUGUCUGGGAGCGAUGGCGACAAAACGGGACAGGAAGACAAAGUCAAGGCGCAUGCCGAGGAGGAUAUCACGCCCUUGAACGACUUUGAGGCGCAGCUACUUGCAGCCGCCAAUGAUACAUCGUCUAAAGAAAUCCAAGCCGAGAAGCAGAGCCCCAUGCUUGUCCAAGCUUUAAACGAAGGUGCGAAUACAUCGAAAAGGAACGUUGGUGCAGGUAUUAGCCGUACAGAAAGUCCACAUGCUCGGAUCUGCUAUGGCUGCGGCAAGGGCUUCUGGGACAGCCAAAGGUUCUGGAACCACGAUCCCUGCUUUACGACGAUUGCGAAAACGAAGCCUUCUUCCGUAUCAGUGCCACGCAACCCUCCAGAUACGUCCUCGAAGAAGAUGCGUGACGAUGCAGAUUUGAGUCUCCAUUGUAUGGCGCCGAAUGCGCAAAAGCACAGUCCGAUAAAUGCGGAGCAAGCAAAUAACGAAUGCGUAACAGUGAAAGGAAAAGAACGAGAAACCCCAGAAAACGUCACUAAUGUAGCACCCUCGCCUGAAGUGCAACGCUUGCUAGUAGCCCUUGCGCAGAACAAUCCAGAAGCAAGACCAAUUCCGCCGGCUGAGCUUCAUGAUGUGUUACAUCGCGGUCCAGAUAUGCUCGCCUUGGCCUCAAGGAUGGAAGAAGACAAUGGUAUACUACAACAUUGGCUGGAACACAGAAAGGGGGACACCUUAGAGCAAGUCAGCAAGUCAAAAGCAACAGUAGCCCCUCGGCCAUCAUUAAAACAGAGAAAACGCAUGCUUCGGACUUGCAAGGAAGAGACUAUGGCCAACAUAUUGUGUUACGCGAAGCCGGGUGAGGAUCUCGACUGGACCAAGACUGAGGAUCGAGCAGAGCGAGCUCGCUUGCAGAACAUAAUCAAGGGUCGUAGAAGGCGCGAGCGGGAACUUCAUAGGGGAGGUCGGAGUGGCAGUGGAGGGGACUACCCUGGUGCAGAAGGAGUACGCGGCUUUUUGAGUCAGCGGUCUGGUUCUGAGCAGCACGUGCUGGGUCAAUGCAAUCAGUCAAGGGAAGUCCUAAAUGCAAGUGUUUUGGAGCGGGAACUGCUUCAAUAUGCUGCACUUGAGAAACAAUCCCGGCGCCAUUCGGGGCUAAUGAAGACGCCACAGCACCACAGCUUGACCACAGUCACUGGGUUAAAGUUAAGAGAUGCUACUGAUCAUGAUUUCGAGCAGUUCAUCGAAGAAGUUGAUCCAUGA